AUGGCGUCCCUGGGCGGUGGCUCCAUGGGCCUCGUGCUCUGGCUCCUGCUAUUCCGGCUGCCGCUCGGUGGGGUGCAGGGCGAGUCGGCGUCGUCCGCACCCUCCCCGUCCCCUUCGGGGGGCCGCCGCGAGGACCCCCGCGAGAGCGUGUCGAGGGGUGCGGGAUCUUCUGCGACCCCUGAGCCCCAAGAGGCUGCCGCAUUUCCCCAGGUGGCGGCGGUCACCCCACCUGACUCUGGUAUCUACAGGACUGCGGCCUUUCCGCAGCCACUAGUGAUAUCAGGGUCGCAGUUUCCUGCAGGCUGUGGCCAGAGGUCUAUGAGGAUAGUCGGAGGAAUACCGGCCCCAGAGAGGAAGUGGCCCUGGCAGGUGAGCCUGCAGAUCAAGGGUCAACACAUUUGCGGAGGCUCCCUCAUCGCCAGCCGGUGGGUGCUGACUGCCGCCCACUGCAUAUUUGGCCAUUUGGAGUACACCGUGAAGAUGGGAGACAUUCACCUGAAUCACACCUCCAGCGCGGCAGUCGUGGUGCCCGUCCGAGACAUCGUUAUUCACAAACAUUACAGUGCGGUUGGAAUCAUUGAGAAUGACAUUGCCCUCGCCCUGCUGGAGUUCCCUGUGAAUUUUUCCUUGCACGUCCAGCCCGUGUGCCUCCCUGAAAAGGCGUUCAUGGUGCCAGCUGGUAUGGAGUGCUGGGUGACUGGAUGGGGAAAACUAAAGGAAAAAGAUAGACCCGAAGACGCUCCGGAACAUCUUCAGGAGGCCAAGCUGAACAUCAUUCGUUACGAGGACUGCAACAGGGCGCUCCAGGAGCAGAUGGAGACUAGUAGUCACCUGGUAAAGAAAGGGGCCGUCUGUGGCUACAGCUCCCGAGGAAAGGACGCAUGCCAGGGAGACUCUGGGGGCCCCCUGGUCUGUGAAUUUAACGACACGUGGGUCCAGGUGGGGAUUGUGAGCUGGGGCAUUGGCUGUGGUCGCAGACAUUAUCCUGGAAUUUAUACAGAAGUUAGUUUCUACAGGGACUGGGUCGUUGAUCACCUGAGUCAAGCCUGCGCUUGGGACUCAGCGGGCUUCUUCAUACUUCUGUGCCUGGUGCCGGCGCUGGGCAUCCUGGUGGCCCCGUGAUCAGCCCGGCCCACUCCCCUCCUGUUUCUGACUCACACACCGGGCGUCUCCUCUGACCUCCCCCUCCUCCUCAUUGCCCUUUCCACCCGUGCUGGUUGGGAUCCACCGACCCUGUAGAGAGCCCCCCAGUAGAGAGUGGCAG